AUGUCUUCCCUUACUUCGAGUCCUAACUUGACUCCUACUACCUCGCGAGCGCCCACACAACAACAAUCUCCUCACAUGUCCCCAUAUCCGCAGAGGUCGUCCUCCCUCAAUCGACGACGUGGAAUAUCGCGUGUGCGAACCGAAUUCCUUCCCACCAUUUCUUCCGCUCCCACCGUUCCAAUGUCGGCUUCCUCGGUCACAACCUCAAGUUCUGUACAAGCAUCGCCAAUUAUGUCACCCGAGACUAGUCAAAUCAUGACCAACAACUCCUCAUUACAAGUAUCGCCCGAAGGCCCACGAGGGCGUGAACCAGAGUAUCGCCUUCCCCCUUUCGAUCCCCUCCCCGACUCAGUCGUCUCGAGGAGACACAGCCAAACUGCCAUGGCCGAAUCAUUCAAUGGCAAUCGAUCACAAGGGUUGAUGAGGAGGUUAUCGAACAAGAUUUCAAGACGGCAGUCUACAAAUACAAGUCGGGAACAAAGCGCUGGACCAGUCAUGUUGCGACGUCGAAGUGACAGUACCAAUACAGCGCCAGAUUCCAGACACUACCCAAUCAACUCAGAUUCCGAUGAGGAUGUUCACGAGGAUACCAUUGAGUGGGUGGAUUCGCCAUUAGGUAUUGAAGGUCUCACCGGUGACUAUCCAAGUUCCAAUGCAUCGUUCGCUUGCUCUUCGACAAUGACUGGCGGCAACGCAGGUCUCGCAUUCGGACCUGUUAUACCCACUGUUCUUCUCCAGGGCACCACGAUGAUCAAGAUCACAAAGAAGAAGAGAAAGGUUCUUACCUUUGUUCUCGAAGAUGAAGCGUGCAAAGUAUCGUGGGAUAAGACGAGGCCCGCGAAAAGCUUCCUCAUAGACAACAUCAAGGAAAUUCGACUCGGAUCUGACGCCCUUAACUAUCGCGAGGAAUUUAAGGUUGACUCUCAGGACGAGCCUCGUUUUUUCUCCAUUCUCUACGUGGUACCUGACAAUAAAUCAACCGGACGCUCAACCAAAAUCAUGCAUCUGAUCGCACCAGAUGAACAAACAUUUGACCUGUGGACCACAACCCUUGAAGCUAUAUCUAAGCAUAGGUAUGAAAAUAUGUCAAGUCUUGUUGCCUUUAACGAAAAAGCCGUCAGGAAUUACUGGCGUGGCGAGAUGACCAAGCAGUUUUCUGAUGUACCUCAUGCCGAAGAUGAAGAGGCUCUCAAUUUCGAAGGAGUCGAGCAGCUUUGCAAAAACCUUCACAUCAACACUUCCUCCAGAUUCUUACGAGAGAGAUUUCAACAAGCAGAUGCUACCAAGUCCAAGAAAUUAAACUUUUCCGAAUUUCAAGAAUUUGUGAAGCUCAUGAAACGAAGAGGGGAUGUUUCCGAGAUCUACAAAGACCUCGCUUCUGACAAUGCCAAAGGAAUUACACUUGAAGAGUUUAUUAACUUCGUCAGUGUAGUACAAGGGGAAAAUGUUGAGAAGGACCGAGCGAAGUGGGAAUCCAUUUUCGCCAAAUUUGCACGUCGAUCAAGAUCACGAGAUCAGCCACUGCAAGAGGGCGAGGCUGCACGAAUGAGUGAAGAAGCUCUAGCCACUUUUUUCACAUCUGUUCAUAAUGUUCCUCUCGAGACUAUCCCCGAAACCUUUACUCUCGAUCGUCCUAUGCAUGAAUACUUCAUUUCUAGCUCUCACAAUACCUAUCUUAUGGGGCGACAAGUCGCUGGAGAAUCGAGUGUUGAGGCUUACAUAUCCGCUCUAAUCAAAGGCUGCCGAUGUGUUGAAAUUGAUUGCUGGGAUGGAAAGGACGGGCGGCCGAUUGUCAAUCACGGUCACACCAUGACCAGACCUAUUAUGUUCUCUGAUGUGAUGUACACUAUUGCGAAAUAUGCAUUUGUCAAAUCACAUUUUCCAUUGUGGAUUUCCCUAGAGGUUCACUGCAACGAUGCCCAGCAGGCAGCUAUGGCUCAGAUCAUCAAAGAAGCGUGCGGUGAUUUACUAGUCACAGAGCCUCUUGAUCCAUCAUCCCAGGAGCUUCCUUCGCCCUCUCAAUUGAUGGAUCGAAUCUUAAUCAAAGUCAAGAAACCCAGAAUCUCCGAUGAGACUCCCCCCAAGAUCAAUGGUCGGUCUCGUGGCAACAGUCUUAGCUCACCUCGUGUCUAUCCUGCAGGACUCGACAACUCAAGCAUUUCCAGUGGCUCUCUCUUGCCCCCGCCAACUUCAAACCCGAGUGGAAGCAAUAUCAAGCAAAACAUUCGAAGGACUGGGACUGAUGAAACUACGAGUAGCAGCAGUAGCGAUAGUGAAGGAAACGAAGACAGACCCAAGGAUAAGCCCAAGACAAGCAAGAUUGUUAAGGUCCUCGGGGAGCUUGGUAUCUACAGUGCUGGUGUUAAAUUCCGUGGUUUCGAUGAUCCAGAGAGCAAAGCUUACAAUCACAUCUUCUCAUUCAUGGAGUCUACCUUUGACAGGAAUAGCAAGACGCAAAUUGAUCGCCGAGCGAUGACCAGACACAACAUGAGAUAUCUCAUGCGAGUGUAUCCUAAUGGAUGGCGUGUUGCAUCUACCAAUUUUGAUCCCCUCAAAUACUGGCGACGAAGUGUACAGAUGGUGGCUCUCAACUGGCAGACUCAUGAUCUAGGCAUGCAAAUGAACGAUGCUAUGUUUGCCGGAGGAACCGAUCAAUCCGGUUAUGUCCUCAAACCAAGCGAGCUUCGAGAGAUUAAAAUGCUUCCUAGUGUUCCAGAGGAAGCAGGAGCUGAUCAUGUCAAGAGAGAACGCAAAAACGUUAACUUCUCAAUUGACAUUAUCUCUGCUCAACAACUCAUGCGCCCAAAGGGUCUUCCUUCUAAUCGUUCUGUCGAUCCAUAUAUUGAAGUCGAAGUUUAUCAUGCUGAUGAUAAGAGCAAGGAGACCAAAGGUGUCAUUGGUGAAGGUGGUCUUGACGCUUCUGCUAAAGAUGGCUCUUCUGGUUUAGGAGCCCCUCACAAGCGUCGUACACACAUCGUCCAAGAAAACGGCUUUAAUCCAGUUUUUAACAAGAAAUUCAAUUUCGCCCUAACAACUAAAUUUCCAGAACUCGUUUUUGUUCGCUGGACUGUUAGAUGCUCAUCGGACGGCCACAGUUACAACGAUAAAACUUUGCCUCUGGCUACAUAUACUGCCAAACUCAGCAGUCUCAAACAAGGUUACCGUACUUUACCUCUUUACGACACAAACGGUGAUCAAUUCCUCUUCUCCACACUCUUCUGUCGUGUCAGGAUUGAUCCAGCUACAAGCAUUUAUGUCAAUGCUGAAUCAAACGAAAGCGUUGGAGUACUUAAGAGUCUCGGUCGUACCGUUUUCAACCGAACACCACUUUCACCAAAACCUUCCGUCGACAGCAAUCAUCAAUGA